GAUCGAUUUAGUUAAGAAGAUAGAUUUUAACUACAUUAAGGCACAAGGACACGUCUCUAACCUUUCUAUUUCAGCGGACCUAGGCAACAAGUGUAGCCUUGAAAAAGUUUUUUUACCGAAAGUAGCUAUGGAAACUUCAUUAAACCUGUUUAAGAGACUCUGCCCACUUUUACUAGAAUGUAAAUGCAAGGCCCUCGUCGCCAUCAAUGUUUCUGGCCGUCACGAACGUGCUAACUACUUUAUUAUUGUCACUACUUUAUCUGCGCGACACUCCCGCAAGGUCAUAGAAGAAAUUAAAAAAUUGUGGCAAGAAUUGUCUUCAGACAAGAAUUCUUUUGUUGUCGAUGAAAACGAUUUAAAUUGGUGUAUCUUGCAAAUUGAAGGAGUUCAGGUACAUUUGUUAGAUGCCCCGACCAGGCAAAGGCUUGAACUGGAAAAGCUCUGGGUUUUGGGGAAAUAUGACGAUCAAUUAUGUGAUAUGAUGACGAAUCACGUGAAGUUGAUGCCGAGGGGAAAAAGAAGGAUGCGGAUCAAAUACAUUUUUAACGAAAGCGAACAGUAAAGAGGCCUAUCCCGAGAACCGGUCUCGACUUCGCUUAUUUUCCGUACUACAUCUUGGCCCUCAAGAAUUUCUCCAAAG